UGGUUCAAGACUGUCAAGACUUCCGUUCUUAUCACUGGAAGUGGUUUUAUAUCACAUACUUGGAUCUAUUUCUGCUAUUGAAACAAACACGUCCUCAUACUGUCGCGCAUUUACAUGAACACAACGUAGUGGACAUUUGUCCCCGGUUAAAACGACAGGGACGAGAUUUCUCGGUUCUGGUGACAAAAGUAACGACGUUACAUGUCCCACCACUCGUUCCACGGGGAUUUAAGGCAUUACGGCGCGACACAUGGCGCAGAUCCAGCCUUAAAUCUGUGUGACUUCGGCUCCAGCUGAGCGGAGGGAUGGAGGAGCGGAGGGCGCAGCAUCAGCACAUCGGCGGUCAGAGCGCAGCAGCUUCUCCUCAUCACCAGCACGCACAACAAGACAGACGCGGACAGGGUCGACCUAAAUUAUAUUAGUAGCGCAAUUAUCCCCAAAUGUCCCCGAGGUAUUCGGCAGUCGGAAAGGGAAAUUAACGAAGAAGGAGGGCGAGGUGAAUUGCGCGACACUGAAGUGACAGAUGUUGGAAAAGUCUGGCUGAAGGUAGACAGAAGCGGAGGAAGGCGGGAGCGCAGGAGAGAAAGUGUCCUGAACAGAGAUGAACACGUUUUUGUGCCGGAGACCAACGUUAGAAGAGAUGGAAGCUCCGCUGCGCUGAACGCUUCACCUGGCUGCUGCAAAUGGCAUGUUACUGAGGAGAUCUGAUUUCUGCAAAGGACUUAACUCAAGUCUGAUUCCACCUUGACUGCCUCUGGUUAUGAAAAUCUGCACUCCGAGACUGAAACGGCUGGGGGUAAGAUGUUUGUGGAGUCAGUUGUCCGAUGGGGGGCAUGGAGCAUCCUGCUCCAGUUUGGAAUGCAUGUGUCUGCAGGAAGCUGUCCUCCACGCUGUGUGUGUCGACCUGAAGCUAAAGAAGUGAUCUGCUCCAGCAAACAUUUGAACUCUGUGCCAGAGGGCUUUUCCAGCGAUGCCAGGCGUCUGGAUUUAUCCCACAAUAAGAUUAAGACUGUGGGGCGCCGCCAGUUCUCUGGCCUCCUGCAACUUCAAGAGUUGGAUCUCAGUGAUAAUUUAAUCUCCAUGAUUGAGGUGGAGGCUUUCCAGGGCCUACAGAAUCUCAGGACGCUUCGUAUUAACAAUAACCGACUCAAAAUCAUCCCGGUUGGGGUGUUUUCUGGCCUGUCCGGUCUGCGCUUUCUGGAUUUAAGCCAGAAUGAGAUUCUGGUCUUCUUGGACUACACCUUCAAAGAGAUGGGGAACCUGCAAACACUGGAUGCCGAGGAGAAUGACUUGGUCUUCAUCUCCCAGCGGGCCUUCUUUGGUCUGCAGAAUCUGCAGGAGCUCAACAUAGACCGCAGCAACCUGACCUCUGUUCCCACUGAGGCACUGUCCCAGCUCCAGAGCCUGACACGUCUUCGCAUGCUACGUCUCACCAUCUCUACACUGCCCAACAAUGCUUUCCGACGACUCCACCGUCUGCGUAGCCUCCUGAUUGCCAACUGGCCAGCACUGGACACGCUGGCUAGCAACAGCCUGAUAGGUCUUAAUCUGACCUCACUUGUCAUCAGCAGCUGCAACCUAAGUGCUAUUCCUUACUCAGCACUUCGUCACCUGGUGUAUUUACGCUUCCUAGACCUGUCCUACAACCCCAUCACUGUUAUCCAAGGUAAUAUGCUAGGGGACCUUCUGAGACUCCAAGAGUUGCACCUGGCAGGAGGGAGCUUGCUACGAAUAGAGCCGGGGGCCUUUAGGGGACUGGCCUACUUUCGCAUGCUUAAUGUCACAUCCAAUCAGCUCACUACUUUGGAGGAGAGUGUCUUCCACUCUGUGGGGAACCUUCAGGUGCUGCGGUUGGAUGGGAAUCCCCUAGCAUGUGACUGCCGACUCAUCUGGGUUGUCCGCCGCCGAUUACGCUUGAACUUUGAUGGACAUCAGCCCACUUGUUCGUCUCCGGAUGCAGUGAGACAACGCGAAUUCAGAGACUUCUCGGAGAAGGAGCUCCCAAGGCUGUUUACCUGCCGGCCUGCCCGUAUCAUGGACCGCAGGCCACAGGAGGCAAGAGUAGAGGAGGGCACUACAGUUCUCUUCUCCUGUAAAGCUGAUGGAGAUCCAUUGCCAUCUAUCACCUGGAUCUCAUCCCAUAAGAAUGUGGUUUCUCCAACUGGACGAAUCAGAGUUUUGCCCAAUGGUACUCUUGAAGUGCGGUUUGCCCAAGUUCAGGACAGUGGCACAUAUCAGUGCCUGGCGGGCAAUGCGGCCGGCAAUGACAGCCUGACUGUCGGUCUGUACGUGAAGGGGCUCCCUCGUAACCGAACCAUCCCCUUUUUCUCAGAGGAGAGCUGGCCGGAGCCUUCAAAUCCCCAAGCUGCCAACUCUUCUGCUCAAAUGGCCAAGCCGUACCCAUUUGAUGCAAAGACCCUGAUCAUCGCCACCACAAUGGGCUUCCUGUCUUUCCUCAGCUCGGUGGCCAUCUGCUUUGUCUUCAUGUUCUUCUGGAGCCAGAGCAAAGGUCAGAUCAAACACACAGCAACUAUUGACUUUGUUCCUCGAUCUUCCAUGGGUGGUGGAGGAGGCGACGGAGGUGAUGGUGGCCGGUUCACCAUGAAACUUAUUUAAAAUGCAAAGGAAAAGGUAAAGGGGGUCUUCAUAUCGACUGUGAGCUCUUCCACACUAUGGACCCCCUAUUGGCACACUCAAGGAGAGAGACCUCCAUUUAAAGGCUCCUUUAGAAGGAAAAUCAGAGGCAGAAUGUUGAGCUUGUGCUCUUCUAAUUUUAGAGUGGAAAGUUAACAUUUCAGCUGCCACGUUGCUGUGUUAUCUAACUGAUGAAUUUAUCAUGACCCUGGAAUAGAAAGAUGCUAACAGAUUGUAGGCAGAGCUGUCUCAUGGUUGCCGUGCAUUUUCUUUUUCAACAACUUUUACUUUGAAUAAGCAAAUGACAACUUACUUACAGGUCUAAUGUUUUUUAUGUAGCAUGUAAUUAUAACACAUGAAACCAGUCAGGCACAUCAGUCAAAGGUUUCUGCAUUGACAAAAUCAAGUGCUUGCUUGAACAUCCACAUUGUACAAGUCUGCUCAGCUUUGUGUCUUCACUUGUCAAUACAAGCCAAGUAAACAUUUGCCCUGCUGACCCUCCAGUUGCUAUUUCUGUUUACCCACAGAGGAUCAUGUCAAAAGCUGCCAAUUCAGCUUUGGCAGUGAGACUUUAACAAUUGACUGUAAGAAUUUUACAUGUGAAUAUGUGACUACAGUGCUUUUGAUACUUGCACUAAAUAAGUGGAAUAGGCUAGUAAGACUAAUUCUGAUUCUCAACUUUAUGGUUACAUUGUGGACAGCACUGCUUUCUGUCAAGGGCACAGCUUACUCAUGUAAUAGUGUAAAGACACUGAUAGUAUACCAUAUUGUACAUAGGAAUGUACCCUUUCCCAUUUCAUACUAACAGGUUUUUCAGGUCCGAACUGGAUCACUGUCUUUCUUUUGUAACAUAUGAUUUUAUGAUGUAAUUACAUUAGAUGACUUUGUUCCAUCAGAAGAUGAUUUCUCCUUUUUAUAUUUGAGAAACCACUUUUUUUUUAUUUUUUACCCACACAAAUCACUGAAAACAAUGUGCCUCAGUAACAUUCUCACCAUCGACACGGAGAAUGCUCACCUGAUCAUUGGUACCUUGUAAAUAUUUAGGUCAAGGGCGUUUGUGUGUGCUGGGUUUAUUCUGUCAUUUUAUCUGGUUCGGGGGAUUAGUGUCACUCUUGUACUUUAUAAACAUAACUGUGUAGAUGCACUACGCACAAAGCAAUGCUUUAUUAUGCCAGGAGAAAGAGGAUGUAAAUGAAACACACACAGCAACGACAGGUUUAUUUGCUAUGAUGUUCAUAAAUGACUUUUUUUUUCACUUCACUUUAUUAAAUGCCUGUAUUUAAACCAG